AUGUUUAUAGUGAAGAAACUUAAAAAAGAAGAAUCUAAUGAUGAAUAAAAAUAUGUCGGAGAGAUUGAGUACUUAUUAUAUCAAUAAUAAAAAUAUGGGAAAUUAAGUACAAUCUAUAUUUAUAAAGAUAAGAUUAUUAGAAAAUAAUAGAUAGCAAUAAUGAGAUAAAGAAGUUAGUAUAACCAGAUGUAAAUAUAAAAAAUUUAAUAUAUAGAGAGCGAUAUAGUAUUAAGAAAUUAAAGGGAGGUAAAAUUAAAAAGUAAAGAGUGUAAAGAGCUGCAAAUGGAUGAAUAUUUAAUUUGUCAAUUUAUUAAUUCUAUUUUGAUUCUUACUUCAUUUUAUUGGUUUUGAAAUAAUGAGGAAUAUUAUUUCAACAGAAACAAUGUAUUAAUUAAUUAAAUAAACUAUGCUGAAGAAUAUUCUCCGCCCAGGUUUCCUUAAUAAAAAUUUCUUGCUAUAAUUAACUAAGAUGAAUCUAUGAAUUCGAAGUAAAGAAAAAUACAACUCAAAUUAAAAUAGAAAGAAUUUAGAAACAUAUAAAAUGAAAAAUAAGUUUAAAAUAAAGAUUAAGAGAACACUAUGUUUAUAUAAUCACAGCCUCAAGAUUCUAAAAAAGGUAAAGGAGGAAAGAUAAAAAAAAGUAAACAGAUAAAUAAUCAUCACCAUCCUCGACUUUAAUUUGACUAAUUGAAAAAAUCUUUAAUGUUUAACUUAAAAAAUAAGCUAUUAAAAUUAAAAAAGAAGCAAUUAAAUUUUAAAAGCAGAAAGAUGAUAUUAAAAAUCAAAAAAAUGUUAUUAUAUAAGAAAAAAGAAAAAUCCAAUAAGAGAUGAAGAUCUAGUAAGAUAAACAUCAUAAUUUAAUUAAAUCUGCUGCAGAAGCUGAACCUAAAAUAAAGGCCAAUAAAGAUUUUGUUAAUGAAAGAGAUGAAAGAUUGAAUGGAUUGAAGAUCGAUUAAAAAAAGAAGAAGAACAACAUUAAAAAACUGAAGAAAGAUGCAUGA